CAUACGAAUGAUAUGUUGUAACAUUUAUCAUAUAAAACAGCAUCAGUUAUUAUAGAAUGUAAUUUUACGUUAAUAACAACGAGUCAAGUUUUAAAACGUGCCAAACACCAAAUAUCGAUUUUUCCUUCAAGACAUUUAGAGUUAUCCAUCAAACAUGUCGGAAAAAAGUCAGGAAUAUCUCAAAGACUACAAAAAUCUUCUUGAUAAAAAUAUCAAUUUUAUGCUUCAACCUUAUAAUCCCAUUGUUCCAAUAAAAAAAGGUCGUCGACCGACUCCAGCAGAAGUUAAGCUUCGUGUUUUGCAAAGUCAGAAAUUAAAUCGAUAUUUGGAUGAUGUUUCGAAGAAUAAAGAAGAUCGACAGAAGAAAGUUUUCGAGAUGCUUCAAAUACUUACGGAAAUUGCAUUUCAAAGGAAAAUUCUUGUGAUUAGAACAUUGGGAUCUGUUUUAAGCAAACUCUUGAAUCAACUUUACACUUCAGUUCUCAUCAAUGAAAGAAGCAUAAACAGCUUGAAAGCUUCUUUUGGAAAUCAACAAGUGAUUUAUCUUCCAAGUCAUCGUUCAUAUGCUGAUUUCAUGUUGAUGUCAGUUGUUUGUUUUUGUUACAACGUAGAAAUACCGGCGAUUGCUGCUGGAAUGGAUUUUCAUGGCAUGAUGGGCAUUGGUGAAGCUUUAAGGAAAACUGGAGCAUUUUUCAUGCGCCGAAAAUUCGGUGAAAAUGAUUUCUAUUGGAGAUUGUUCAGGGAAUACAUGCAUGAAGUCAUCACGUUUAAUGAUCAAGGCUUGGAGUUUUUUAUUGAAGGGACAAGAAGUCGAAGUUGUAAAGCAUUGACACCAAAGACAGGUUUACUUUCAAUGGCAUUGGAACCUUAUUUUAUGGGUGAAAUUCAUAAUUUGAAGAUUGUGCCGAUCUCUAUAAGUUAUGAGAAACCACUUGAAGAACAAUUAUUUGUUUAUGAACUUCUCGGCAUUCCAAAACCAAAAGAAUCUACUUUAGGAUUCUUCAAAGCAAUCACGAAUCUUAAGAAUCAAAAUUUGGGGAAAAUUUACUUCGAUUUUUGUGAGCCGAUAACGUUGAAUGAAUAUUAUGGUGAAAAGUCGAAACUGAAUAGAUUUGCGCAUGCAAGUGAACCUUCAUUUGUUCAGACAUUGGAUCCAUAUGAGUUAAAUUUGAUAACGGAAUUAGGUCACGAUGUCGUCCGUAAACAACAAGAAAAGAUUGUCAUUAUGAGUUUUAAUUUGAUUGCGUUGAUUUACAAUGAAGCAACGUUCACGGGAAACGUGAAAAAUCUCACAUUUUGGGAACUUGAGAGAAAAGUUCUUGAACUUAUUCAUCUUUUUGAAGGUCUCGGAGCAAUUGUUGCAGUCGAUACUAAAAACUUAGAAAAAGAUAUCAAGGAAACAAUUUUAAUUCAUCAAAACAUUCUUCAAGUUAAAGGAAGUAACUCAAAUCUUAAAAUGAUUCGAUCAAAUGUUGAUUUGAGCAAUAUAAACGCUUCGAAGCUUAAAGGAAUUGCUUUGUGUGAUGAAGUGAUGAAUGUUGCAAUUCCUGUCGUUUCCUUGCAACUUUAUUGCAAUCCCACACUUUUUUGGCUUGUCGAACCAUCUUUUAUCAUUCUUUCAUUGCUCGAAGAAAACGAAAUCAGUAUCAAGGAUUUGAAGGAAAAUGUUGGAAAACUUCGUCAAAUUUUCAUUCAUGAAUUUGUUCUCUAUCCUGGAUUUUCCGAUGACGAUUUCAACCAAACACUCGACAACAUGAUCUCACUUGAGAUUCUCCAUAAAACAAAUCACGAAACAAUUGAACUAAAUUCAAAUUCCAAAUACAUAAAUCUCUUGCUAAGUGCAAUCGCACCUUUCAUCAACAGCUAUCUCAAUACAUCUCGUGUUAUUUUCAAGAAUCUUCAGGAUAAAACAUUUGUCGAGAAAGAUGUUUUCAUCGCAGCGCAAACGUAUCUAGAGGAAGAAAUCUUAAAAGGUCUUGGAAAUGUUCAUCCUUAUUCACUCUGCUUGGAUUCCAUUUCUUUGCUAAUUUUUUCACUCUGCAAUGCUGGAUUCUUAUUGAAGCAGAAAAAGGAUUGUGUCAAUCAUUAUACCAUCAACUUUGAUAAUUUGUCAAGCUUCGUUGAAAUUCUCGACAAUUUAAAUUCGAAGCUUCCAUUCGAAUACAAUUAUUUUGAUGUUAAAAAGCCAUCCAAACUUUAAAGUCAGACGAAAGUAUUUCCAAAGUAUUUUUUAAAUAAAUUUUUUUAAUUAUAUAGGACAAGGGUUGUAUGUACUGUUUUUUUGUAAGAUUUUUUAGCAAUAAAAUAAAUGAACAAGAUUUAAUUCUGGAA